CGCAAAUCGAAAAAAAACUCUUAAAGUUCGAACAAAUAUAAAUUAUCCCUUCGUAAUCACAAUGGGCGAUUCGAAAAAAACCGCAAUAUAAAAUAUAAAUUAGUCGUGCAAUUGCACGCCUAACUGGAGAAACGGCUGAAAUUCAGAGGACUCAGUUCCGCCAAAUGGUCGCGCAUCUGUUUGCAUUGGCGGGAACUCGGCAGCACCAAGUUGUAACUUUGACACAGCGAAUUUUUCCACCAAUCGUUGGAACUUUUUUUUAGAGAAAAUCCUUUCGAUACUCGAUUCUUUGUAACUACACUCCGUGUUAUCGUGCAUUUGCUCGACUCGAAUAUCAAAAAUGCUGCCAAGACUAUCCGAAGGAGCUUUGGACCGUAUCAUGAACGGUGACGAAGUCGAUGAACCGAUCUUCCAAGUAUUGGGUCAUAAAAAACUAGGUAGCUCAUCAAGUGGUGAAAGAUACCGGCUUUUGGUUUCUGAUGGAGUCAAGUCUAAUUCAUUUACCAUGCUGGCAACCCAGCUGAAUCAUCUUAUCACCAACAACAGCUUGUCAGAACAUUCUAUUGUUCAAAUUAAGCGGUAUGCCAUCAGCAUGGUCAACAAUGGAGGCUCUCAGAAGCGAGUGAUGGUAAUUUUGAACAUUGAAGUACUUAAACCUGGUUCAGAGGUAGGAAAAGUAUUAGGAAAUGUUAGUUCAGAUGUUUCAAAACCUGAAGAAUCUGCUUCAGCAAACAGCAGUGCGGCACCACCAGUUGUCAAUGCAUCCAAUCUUCCACCUCAAAAUAAUGCCUCAAAACCAGCUGCCAAACCUGCUGCUAAACCUAGCUCCUUAAAUGAAUCUAUUAAUAAUGGUAUUGCUUCUACAUGCAUAGAUGCUCUCAGUCCUUAUCAAAAUAGGUGGGUUAUUAAAGCUCGUGUAUCUUUCAAAUCUCCAAUAAGAACUUGGUCUAAUUCUCGAGGAGAAGGAAAAUUAUUCAGCAUGGAUUUAGUGGAUGAAUCUGGUGAAAUCAGAUGUACUGGUUUUCGAGAUCAAUGUGAUAAAUUUUAUGAUAUGAUUGAAAUAGGAAAAGUUUAUUACAUUUCUCGCUGUCAACUGAAACCAGCAAAUAAACAAUACAAUAAUUUGAAGAAUGACUAUGAAAUGACAUUAGGUCCAGAAUCAGAAAUAGUUGUUUGUAAUGAAGAAUCACAAGAUAUACCUACCAUUCAAUUUAACUUUACUACCAUUGGUUCUCUUGAAAGCAAGCAAAAAGAUGAAUUAGUUGAUGUUUUGGGCAUUGCCAAAACUGUGAGUGAUGUUCAAACUUUCACUGCCAAAACCACUGGAAGAGAACUGAAAAAGAGAGAUGUUGGAAUUGUAGAUGAAAACAAUGAUAUGAUAACUGUUACGCUGUGGGGAAACCAAGCUGUUGAUUUUGAUGGAUCUUCGAAUCCUGUUAUUGCCAUUAAAGGAGCAAAAAUUGGUGAAUUCAUGGGAGGUAAAUCUUUAUCAUUGGUUGGCUCAUCUAUGCUUCAAGUUGAUCCUGAUCUGCCACAAGCUCACAAAUUGAGAGGCUGGUUCAAAUCUGUUGGUUCUUCUGAAGAAUCGCGAUCACUUUCCAAAACUACUGGAGGUGGUAGCAUGAAUGGUCCUUGGGCUACAUUCAAAGAAGCUCAAGAAAAUAGAUAUGGGCACCCAGAUUGCCCAAAUAUGUUUAUUACCAAAGCUACUGUGCACUUAAUUAAAGCUGAAAAUGCGCUUUACAAAUCUUGCCCAUCAGAAGGUUGCAAGAAAAAAGUUGUUGAUCAAAGUAAUGGAAUGUACAAGUGCGAAAAAUGUCAAAGAGAUUAUCCAAACUUUACCUACCGAUUAUUGGCAAGCACAAAUUUGGUCGACUCGUCUGGAAAUCAAUGGGCAACUGCAUUUAACGAAGAAGCUGAAAUGUUGGUGAACGCUGGCGCGCAAGAAUUGGGAGAAUUGAAAGAAAAAAAUAAUGAUGAAUACAUGGAAAAAAUUGGACAAGCAGCAUUCAAAUCGUACGUCUUUAAAUUGCGUAUGAGAUUGGAAAAUUAUAACGACGAAAACAGAUUAAAAGCUACCAUCGCGUCUAUUCAACCAGUUAAUUACAAAACGUAUAUCGAUCACUUAUUUACUAAAAUCAAAGCCAUCGCAAAUGUAAAAUGAAAAAAUCAUCAUUUAUUCAUUUAAUUUUUCUAUCAAAAUUAAUUUUGUGUAAAUUACGCGUACAAUAUUUAUGGUAAUAAUUUUUUAAUACCUACAUUUAUUAAUGCUGUUUGCUGGCAAAAAUGCACCUUUUGAAAUUUUUAGUCCGAAAAUCGGUUAAAAAUUUAUUCUACUUUUGUGUCACCAUGAAGUAUUUGUUAAUAAUGUUAAGUAUCAUGUUACAUUUACAGUUAUAAAAUUGUGUUAGUAUUAAUGAUUUAUAUGUCAAAAAGCCAAUAGACUUCUAUGUUAAUUCAAAGGAAUAAACCGUUUUAUAAUCAAAGAAAUUCUAUCAUCGAAAGUUUCGCGCCCAACUCGUCGCAAAUAAAAUGUUUGCUUAAUAAAACUGCACGCGCCUAACA